AUGGUGAUGAUGGUGGUAAAGUUUCAAGAUCUCCAUCUGCUUCCUUGUUUCGAGCGGGGAUUAAAAAAAAUGGUGGCAAUUUCAUUGCAAGGAGAAGUUUUCGAUUCUGCUACACUUGUCUACUUCAAUGCACAGCGGAUGCAUUUUAUUAUUGAUGUAACGAAGAACGGUUCGAGUCUAAGCACAUCUGACUGGAAAAACAUUCUUCCAGAAUUGUACAAACAAUAUCCAAAUGUUAAGAUGAUGCUUAACAUGUCAGUAACAUCUCCUCCUUAUGUUAGCAUUACAAAGAAUGGGAUUGGUGCGACGAUUCAUUUAGAGAUAUCAAUCAAUGUUCAACACUUUGGAGCAGUCCUAUCCGCAGCAAGCAUAUCAUCGGCUCUGAAUGUGGCAGGUUUGUUGGAAAUCGAGGAGAAGAGUCUAUCCGGUAGCCUUAGAUUGAUAGAUUUCAAUGCAACAAUGAGUUGGAGUAAAAUUGGAGAGCUUCAAGCAAGCUAUAUUCAGGAUGUGACGUCGACGAUUCUUGAAUCCUUGUUUUUGCCGUCCGUAAACACACGCCUUAAGAGAGGUUUCCCGUUGCCGUUUCUACACAGUUGCACGAUCAAAAACACAGAGAUAGUUUAUGUUGAAAAUGGCGUUAUGGUCUGCACCGACAUAGCCUCUUAA